UACUAGUUUCGACAGAAUGGAAGACGGAGACGAAGCAAGCAGACCCCACACCAAAAGGGUUUUUAUCAAUCGUAUCGACUCCUACUCAUCAAAAUGGAUCGCAAAGUUUUUGUCUACCUGUGUUGUUGGAGCAUCACUGGAGGAGGCUGAGGAGGGUGAGAUGGAAGAAGAAGAUAGUUUGUCUAAUGAACAAAAAUCUAAACUACAGAAAGGCACUUUUGAAAUAGUUGGAACCACUUUAAGCAAAGCUGAGGAGAAAUUGAGUUUUGCAACCGAAGAGUAUCAUUCAAUGAACCGGGAAGAACUUCUCCUGAAGCUGAUGGAAUGUGAUAUUAUUAUCUACAAUGUCACUGAAAACACUGACCAGAUAGAUGAGGCAUCUUGGGCAAUUUCAGCCCUACAUGCAGCCCUGGACGAUUUUAAUGACCCAAAGAUGUUCAUCUUGAUAUCAACUGUGAUGACCUGGGUCAUGAGCAGGCCCAUUGAUCCAGAACAACCUGAGAUUCCUUUCAGUGAAGAAGACUACCGAAGAAGGCGACCUCAUCCAAAUUUUAAAGAUCAUAUCAGUGUGGAGAAACUUGUUAUUAAAAUGGGAAAGACAGACAAGUCCAAGUUUGAUAGUUAUGUUGUAGCCUCGGGCCUUCAGUAUGGGAUGGGCGAGAACAUUUUUCACUUCUUUUUCAAGACUUCUUGGAUGGGAGAGGUUUCAGAAAUUCCUGUCUUUGGAGCAGGGGACAAUAUCGUUCCUACCAUUCAUGUCAACGACUUGGCCAGUGUGAUACAGAACAUUAUUGAUUUCAAGCCAAAGACACACUACUUAGUUGCUGUGGAUGAGUCCAAGAAUACAUUAGAAGACAUUAUGAAAGUGAUAAGUCAAGUUCUAGGACCAGGAAAAAUCCAGAAUGUCCCAAAAGAAGAUGCAUUCCUCACAAAAGAUUUAGCACAAACAGACAUUGAUUCUCUCUUCAUGAAUCUGCGAAUGGAAGCUAUCGCUCUGAAGGAGAGCCUGAAUGUCCAGUGGGUGUGUGAAUCUGGAAUGGUUGAAAACAUUGACCUCGUUGUGGAGCAAUACAGACAGACCAGGGGGCUACUGCCAAUCCGUACCUGUAUCCUGGGACCUCCUGCUGUUGGGAAGAGUACUGUCGCAGAGAAGAUCUGUAAACAUUACAAACUGCAUCACAUCAAAGUCAAAGAUGCCAUUACUGAAUGCAUUGCACACCUGGAGACACUGACUCAGUUGGCAGAUGAGGAAAAUGAAGACGAUGACAUGGCUGCUUCACAAGAAUUCUUGGAAGGUCUAAAGGAAAACAUGGACCAGAAUGGAGGACGGCUGGAUGACCAAUUUCUUAUUCGAGUCAUGAGAGAGAAACUCAAUUCUACCCCUUGCAGAAAUCAAGGAUUUGUUCUGGAUGGGUUUCCUAAAACAUAUGAUCAAGCCAAGGAGCUGUUCAGUGCUGAUGAGGAUGAACCAGAGGAUACUGGGUCGAAAGUACCCCCUUUCAACAAAAAGAUAAUUCCAGAGCAUAUUUUGUCUCUGAAUGCCACAGAUGAAUUUUUGAAGACCCGUGUGCUUAAUCUGCCAGAGAGUGCAGUUGAGGGCACUCACUACACACAGGACCAAUUUCCCCGCCGACUGGCAAGCUUCCGAGAAAGCAACAUUGAAGAUGAAACAGUGCUCAACUAUUUUGAUGAGCUGGAAAUUCAUUUGGAGCACAUUGAAAUUACCAGCAGCGAUGACUUGGACUACUUGGUUGUGAUGGAGAAAAUCACCAAUGUUGUGGGGACUGAAAGAAACUACGGCCGCACCGCAGAGGAGGUGGAGGAGGAGGAGCGGAGGACUGCUGACUCGAGGCUGAAGCAGCUGGCAGCCGAAAGGGCUGAGAUCGAGAGAAGAGAAGAAGAGGAGUUGGCCAAUAGGGCUGCACGAUGGGAGGAGUGGAGCAAACACACGGAGGAGGUACAGACAGUGGAGCAGGAAUUGCUGGACGCCCAGACGGCUCCUUUGCGAAGUUAUCUCAUGAAGAAUGUCAUGCCAACCCUCACCCAAGGGCUAAUAGAGUGCUGCAAAGCUAAACCUGAUGAUCCCGUUGAUUUUCUGGCAGAAUAUCUGUUCAACAACAACCCUCAAGUGUGAAGUGCUGGCUCCUCUUCAGUACUGCAGCAAAUUACAUAGAUUAUGUAUAGUGUAUAAUGGUUCAUACUGUAUGUGCAAUAUUACAUGC